CUUUGAAAUUCAGCAGAUGAUUCAGAAGAGACAACUGAAGAUUCAGGAGAUCAAACAGUCAGUCAACAUCAGUGAGGAAGAUGCAGAGAGAAAGAUAGCAGAAAGUGUUCAGGUUUUCACUUCUCUGAAGGAGUCUGUUGAGAGAGGCCUGAACGAGCUCAUUGACACUAUCGAAGAGAAGCAGAAUACAACAGAGAAACAGGCCGAAGCUUUCAUCAAAGAGCUGGAACAGGAAAUCUCUGAGCUGAUGAAGAGAAGGACUGAGGUGGAGCAGCUCUCAUGUACUGAAGACCACCUUCACUUUUCACAGUGUUUUCGAUCUGUGAAAGCUUCACCACCUACCAAGGACUGGACAGAGGUCAACAUCCAUCCACCAUUAUAUGAGGAGACAGUGGUGAAUGCUGUGGCUCAGCUGGAGGAGACACUCAGUAAACAGAUGAAGAAGCUGCUUGAAGCAGAGCUGAAGAGGGUCCAGCAGUAUGCAGUGGAUGUGACUCUUGAUCCUGAUACAGCAAAUCCCUAUCUCAUCCUGUCUGCAGAUGGGAAACAAGUGAAUCCUGGUGAAGUGAAGAAAAAUCUCCCAGACAACCCAGAAAGAUUUUCUCUCAAUCCUUGUGUUUUAGGAAAGCAGAGUUUCUCUUCAGGCAGAUUUUACUUUGAGGUUCAGGUUAAAGGAAAGACCGAAUGGGAUUUAGGAGUGUGCAGAGAGUCGAUCAACAGGAAGGGAGACAUCCCACUGAGCCCAGAGGAUGGUUACUGGGCUAUAUGGUUGAGGAGAAGAAAUAAGUACAAAGCUCUUAAUGACCCUCCAGUCCGUCUCUCUCUGAAGUCUCAGCCUCAGAAGGUGGGGGUGUUUGUGGAUUAUGAGGAGGGUCUGGUCUCAUUCUAUGACGUAGAAGCUGCAGCUCUUAUCUACUGCUUUACUGUCUGCUCCUUCACUGAGAAACUCUUCCCAUACUUCAACCCAGGUCUGAAUGAUGGUGGCAAAAAUUCUCCCCCACUGGUCCUCUCUCCUGAGUAGACAGAUCAUUCAGAUUCAUCCAGAAUUUCAUUCACAGUCACAUUUAUCAUAAUCUCCUAGAUUACAUCAUCUUCUUAUUCUUAUUCCACUCAUGACAAAUGAUAAUAAUCAAUAACUCUGUUUGUAAGAUACAACAAUAUGGGACUUGGGGACAUUUGUUUAUAAUUGCAAAAACAUUUAUGAACCAGUUAUUACUAUAUAAGAAACUAAUGUUUAGUCUGUCGCUAAUACAAAUUUACCAUAUACUUUAUUGUAUUAAAUAAACAUAUUCAUUUGAGUUUUGGAUUAUUAGUUGAAAAACGCCAUAAUACUAUGCAGACAAAUAGAGUGCAUAGCAUAACUCUGCGGCCCGAGUGCUUACCAAGACCAGAAAGACAGAACACAUUAGACCUGUUUUAAAGUCCUUAUAUUGGUUACCCGUUAGUUUCCGUAUUGAUUUUAAAUUUCUUUUACUUGUUUUUAAAGCACUUCACAGUCUGACACCGGCACAUCUGUCUCACAUGCUUACAGCAUACGAACUGUUACGGCCCCUCAGGUCCUCUGGCACGAGUCUGUUAGUUGUUCCAAGUGCAGGACUAAAACUUUUGGUGAGGCAGCUUUUAGCUUUUAUGCCCCGAGCCGCUGGAGCAGUCUACCUCUUCAGCCAGGCUUUUAAUUAAGACUGGUUUGUAGACAUUAUUUACUUUAUUUUAUUCGCUUAUUUUAUUGUAUUUAUGAUUGAUUUUAUUUGUUUUUAUUUUGCUGUCUUUUUAAAUAGUUUAUCCAGUUUUUAGUCCAGUUUUUAUCUAACUAUUUUAUUCUGUCUAUUAUGGUCUACACUGCUGUCUUAUUAUGUUUUCAGUCAUAUGUGAAGCACUUUGAACUGCGCUAACCUGUAUGAAAGGGGCUAUACAAAUAAAGAUUGAUUGAUUGAUAGCAGGGAGGGUGGUUUGGGAUUUCUUGUUGAUGAUAUUUGAAAUGGUUUGGUUGUUGAUACUGUAAAAGAAAUACUACAAAGCUGAGUUUGUCUUCAUUUUCAUUUAACCUGUAACUCUUAAUAUCUAUAAUAAAAUAAUCAACCUUA